GUUUUCAUGCAAGCCUCUUGGGCAACCGGCGGGCACAGAGGCUUAGUGGCAAAGUAUACGGUGCCCUUCCGAGUCCUUUCCGCUGGCUUCCAAAUCGGUCCAAGUCUGCUACUUCGAUUAUAUAACUGCCGUGGCCGGACUUUCCUCAAAUUCUGCUCUCCUCCCAGACUCUCAGGAACGUGGUCCGACAGGGAAACAGCCCACAUUUUCUUCCCUUCUCGCCCCUUCCUCGUUCUCACUUUCUCAGCAUCUCCUCCACCCUCCCACUAACUUCCACAAUGGGCUACUCUUCAGAAGAUAUCUCUGACCUCGACAAGGCCAAUAACAAAGCCAUGGAGGCCGGGGCCGAGAAGGGUGUCCCCCCUCACUAUGAUGGGGACUUGGUUGGUGAAAUGGAUGAGAGGGAAAGGGACAUCGUCGAGGAUGGUAUCCAUAAGUUCAGCCGUCUUGGUUGGAAGCGUCUCACCGUCGUGCUUAUCGUGGAGGCCGUUGCUCUCGGAAGUUUGUCCAUUCCUUCUAGUUUUGCGAAGCUUGGUAUGGUGGCUGGUGUCAUCUGUACCGUUGGCCUGGGUCUCGUCGCUGUCUAUACUAGUCACAUUAUCGGUCAAGUGAAAUUGAAGUUCCCACAUGUCGCUCACUACCCCGAUGCUGGCCAGCUUAUGUUUGGUCGCUUCGGUAAAGAACUGAUCAACAUUAUGCUCAUCUUGGAACUUCUCUUCCUUACCGGCUCGCAUUGUCUGACUGGUACGAUUGCAUUUGUGAACAUCACCAGCAGUGAUGUCUGCUCCGUUGUUUGGGGAGUCGUGUCUGCUGUGAUUCUGCUGCUCCUCGCAGUACCGCCAAGUUUCACCGAAAUGGCUAUUCUGGGUUACAUCGACUUCGUUUCGAUUAUUGUCGCAAUUGGCAUCACCAUCAUCGGCACUGGUGUCAAGAACACUCGGGAAAUUGGACUCUCCAAUGUCAAUUGGUCUGCCUGGCCACAGGAAGGCCUCACCUUCACCGAUGGUUUCAUUGCAAUCUCCAACAUUAUCUUCGCCUACAGUUUCGCUCUCUGCCAGUUCUCCUUCAUGGACGAAAUGCACACCCCUAAGGACUACGUCAAGUCUAUCUGGGCUUUGGGUAUUACCGAGAUUGUUAUCUACACCUUGACUGGUGCGCUGAUCUAUGCCUUCGUCGGGGUUGAUGUGGGUAGCCCCGCCCUGCUGUCCGCUGGCAAUUUGUUGAGCAAAGUGGCCUUCGGUAUUGCCCUUCCCGUUAUUUUCAUCAGUGGUUCUAUCAACACCGUCGUGCUGGGCCGCUUGGUUCACGGCCGCAUUUUCAAGAACUCUCCUAUCCGAUACAUCAACACCAAGAUGGGCUGGAUUACCUGGUUGGCCGUUAUCACUGUGGCUACCAUUGUCGCUUUCGUUAUCGCCGAGGUUAUCCCUUUCUUCAACGAUCUGCUGUCGAUUUGCUCGGCCCUCUUCGUCUCCGGCUUCACUUUCUACUUUCCGGCCCUGAUGUGGUUCAUUCUCAUUCGCGAGGGCAAAUGGAAUGAGCCUAAGAACCUUGCUCUGGGUGCUAUCAAUGUGAUCGUGUUACUCAUCGGUCUUGUCACGCUUGUUGGUGGCACCUACUCCAGUGUCGAUGACAUUAUCAAAAAUUACCGUGAGGGCAGCGUUAGAGGCGUCUUUUCAUGCAGUCCCCCAGCUUAAAUUUUUGACUUUCAGCUAGCUGCUAUCCCUUGCCGUCCCACGGCAGGCGGGCACUGUGGCUAAUCCAAUGAUAUAACCAGUAGCUUGGUAUUAUCAAUGGCGUUGUGGAUCCCUCCUCAUUUCUCUGCCUGUCAGCAGAAUCAUCAUGACAUGAGGACGAGGGGAAUUGCAAAGGCGUGAUUAAAUUUACGUAAUAGUUUCAAAUACCGCCUGCACCCCCUCUUUAUGGCCUUGAGAUACAAGCCAUAGGUUGGGUACUUCCCCAACACAGGCGCCAUGGGUUAGCCGAAGCCAUUCCUGCCGGUGAACGGCACACCCUGUACAGAUACCCGUCUUUUGUUUAUAGUCAUGUCGCGUUUUUAGCAUCAAUGUGUCUAUGUAUAUUUAUGAACGAUAGAACAUAUAUAAGAGGAAUCCUCUCAUUCAA